GCAUUUAGUGUUCGUGCUGUGUGGAGGCAUUAAAAUCGAAUUUUGUGUUAUUUCAUGCCAGUGCGCUUCAGUUAGGAUUUUUUUUAUUGGUUCAGUUGGGUGAUAUCCGUUCAAUUGCCAGCAGACCGCAACUGUUCCUCCAUCCCCUGAUUUAGGAGAGUGUGAAUCCGGAAAGAGUGGAGUUCGUGCUUCGAGUCAGCAAGGUCAGAUUCGGCUUUAUACCUGAACCUUCCGAAAGUUUUACGCGAGUGUAUUUGUGUACUAUACGCGAAGAAGUCGAAAGCGGAAACAAGAAGCGUACACCGCGAAGAAUAAGAGUUCGACAAUUUUAAAGUGCUCUGAACUACACAACGACGUCAGACAACCCGGUUGUUACGUCGGUACCAGAAGAAGAGGAGAACCGAGCGAAAAAAGUGAUUUAAAAAAUUCGAACAAACUGUUUCCCCAUCAGGCAGCAGCUGUCAACUGAAUUUUUGUGGAUAUCAAAAAUUUAUAAUUGCCCAGCUUGAACCACGGAGAUUAAUCCCCGGAGCCCGCGCUCGGAUCACAGAGAUAAUUCCGCUAUAAUUGCAACAGCAACGAAACAGACCAACCACCAUGGGUAAGGCACAGAGUAAGCGUUCGGUCGAUAUAACGACAGACCCGGCCAAGGAUGGCGUAGUCACAGAGGGCACCGGCAAGCUGGAAAAGAUUGAAGACGUCGAUCAGCUCAAAUCACAAGCCAACGGCGAUGCACAGCACAACGAAGGCGAAUCGGAAAAGAAAGUCGAAUCGGAUGCCGCAGAGAACGAGAAAGACUCCAGCACAGAAAAAGCAAACAAAGAUGGUGCCGGCGAUGCCAGCGCCACCGCCAGUGUCAGUUCCCCAACCACAGAGAAACCGGCCGUCGAGUCGGAUUCGGACGCGGCCAACAAAACACAGGAGAACGGCGGCAGCGCAGACGAAACGCUAAACGACAGCAAGGCCGCCGCGGAGGACGGCAAUAAAAAGCCGAAAAAGGUCAAAAAGAAAUGGUCCUUCCGAAGUAUCUCGUUCGGCAAGAAGGACAAACAGAAACCCACCAAGAAGGAGAAGGAUGGCGAGGAGAAGGUGAACGGCGAGUGCGAGAAAGUUCCUGAAGAGCCAACCGAAGAUGCUGCGACUGCUGCUGCGGCCGCUGCCCCUGCGACGAGUGAAAUCACCCCGACGAAACCCGAAGCCGCCGAAGUUACCGCUGCUGAGGUCGUCAAAGCCGUUGAGGAACCAGUCGUAGAAGCCGUCGUCGCGUCGCCCGCCCAAGAGACUGCCCCCGCCACCGCUGAGACUACCCCGGCCACCGAAACUGCCCCCGUCGUUGUGGCUGCUGAGAAUGGCAAACCCGCAGAAGAGGAAAAGAAGGUCGAAGAGGAAAAGCCCGUAGUCGCCGCCCCCGCCCCAGUCGUCCCAGAACCGGAACCGGUCCAGGAGGUUGAAAAAGUGGUCGAACCGGCCGUUGUUGAGGUAAACAAAGCAAACGCAGUCGAAAAGACGCUGCCGGCGGAAGUAGUCGCCGCCGUUGAGACUGAAAUCAAAUCCGAACCUAUUGUUGUUGAGCAAACUGAGAAACCAGUAACCGAAGUAGUAAGCGACAAACCGGCAGCGGAAGUGGCGCCAGUGGCGACCGAAGCUGCGCCGGCAGUAGCUGAAGUCGUUGCUGAACCUGCUUCUGUUGAACCGGUUGUCGUCGCUGAUAAUGGUGAUAGCACACCUCCACCUCCUCUGCCCUCCAUUCCUCCUCCCUCCCAGGUGAUGGUAUUUGCAGAAGCUUCCAUGUCCCAGGUUGCUACCGAACCCGAACCCGAUUCCCUCAACUCUAUCCCAGAACAGUCUUCCUUGCCGGUUGAAAAGCAGGAACAGAAACAAGAAGAGCAGGUUGUUGUCCAGAAAGUAGAAGAGCAGGCCGUCCCAGCGCCAGUUGAGGAAGUAGUCGUCAAAAAAGUUGAGGAAAAACCAGUAGAAGCAACCCCAGUGCCAGUUGAAGAAGAAAAGAAGGAAGUCCCUGCACCGGUGGUUGAAGAGGAAAUUGUUGAAAAGGUUGUUGAAGCUGUGCAAAGUGCUGCCCCUGUUGAAGCCGCUGUUGAGUUAAAGGAAACAGUUUCUGAAGUUGUUGAACAAAUUUUGGAUAAGGCCGUCGAUAAAGUAGAAGAAACAAUUGCAGCCCCAGUUGUUGAAGAACAGAAACCUGUCGACGAAGCCCCAGUGGAAGCUCAAGCACCUGUUGAGGUUGCUGACGAGCCAGUGAAAGCUGAGGAAUUACCCGCACCAGUAGAACCAGUACCGGCUCCAGUGGAAGAGAAAACUGUUGAACCAAUUGUGGCUGCUGUUGAAGAAAAGGCAGUCGAGCCAACGCCAGCGCCUGUCGAAUCAGAGCCAGCGCCCGUUGAAGCAGCGCCAGUCGAGGAAACUGUCGUCCCCGUAGAAGUAAAAUCCGUCGAAACUGCGCCAGCUGCUGUUGUAGAGAAACCAGUUGAACAAACUCCAGCUCCCGUAGAAUCCACACCAGCUCCCGUAGAAGACAGUCCUGCCCCAGCAGAAGAGCUUCCCGCACCCGUCGAAGAAAAACUGGUUGAAAAGGUAACCGCAACCGUAGAAGCAGCCGUACCCACACCAGUCGAGGAACCAAAAUCAGAAGAACUCAUCCCAGCGCCAGAACCAGUCUCAGAAGCCGACGAAAUCAGCAACACAAUCGACGAUCUGCCACCACCACCGCCGCCUCCAGCAACCGAUGAUGAGCCAGUGCCCGACUCGCUUCCAUCACCACUGCCCACGAUUGCAGCUGCCGCCCCGACCGAUGCCACCGGUGCCGACGAGCAAAAUCUCUCCGUCGACAUUUCCUCCCCGCUUCCACAGAACUCGCUCGAGUCGCUUCCAUCACCGCCCACACUAUCCCAGAGUGACGCCAUGAGCUUACCUCCUCCGCCAGAGUCUCCCUCGGCCACGCUGACCUCCAUCGAAGCCACCGAACAGUCUCUUCCUGCUGCUCCCGAACCUUCCACACUCCCUACGCCUCCAGAAUCCGCUCCAGUAACCUCCGAACCGAAACCAGAAGCUCAGAUCACCCCAGUAGCUGAAGAAAAGCUAGUUGAAGUGGAAUCGGCGGCGGCGGCGACGACGACGGUUGAGAAAGAAACCGUCGUAGCAGACGAACCAGCGGCAGAGCAGGUGACCGUGGCGGCAGCGACGGCGACGGCCCCAGUUCCUGAAUCGAGCAAGAAAGAAGAACAGGUGGUUGAAGAGAAGGAAAAAUCAGAGGCGCCGGCGCCGCAGCCAACCGAAGCGACGGAAAUUGUUGUCAAAAAGCAGCAAAACGGAACCGCCGCCGUUGAGAACGGAACCAGCACAGAGAACGGAACGAUCGAAAACGGCACGACGCUGGAAAACGGACAGAAUGGCGUGCACGAGACGUCCACCACGGAGAGCUUGAACGGUGAUACCGAACACAAAAAGAAGGAGGAGAAAAUUCCAGAAAAGGCAGCUCAACUUCAGCAACCUCCGCCAGCAGCAGAAGUAACGGCUGAAUAAAUCUAUUGAUUAUUAUUAUUAAUUCUUUAACUGUAAACGUAAAUAUAAAUACCGAUGUGCGCAAGAGGACAUAAUGAAAUAAAACAAAAUCAACCGAAACCAUCAUCAGGCAUCAGAUUCUCCGAAAUGGGGGAAGGCAUACAUCGGGAAAACACAAACCACAACAACAGAUUCAUGAACAACGCAAGCAGAAAACAAUUUUUGAAAACCCGAAAACAGCGUACGAUCGAGAUAAAUAUCCAGACCUCAGCACACCACUGAUAAAAACAAACGAACAGAGGAAACCUUUUUACACAUUUUAAAAAUUUAAAGUUAUAUUAUAAUUAGUUUUAUGAAAAUAUUUAAAAGCAUGUCUCCAUAAAUACUUUCAGAUAAAGCAUAUAUUAGAAGGGUUUCGAUUUUAAUGAUAAAAUCGCAUUAAAGUGGAAAGAGCACUUGAUGUGCGUGUGUUGUAGAGAGCGAGCGAGACGCAUCGGUCUUUUUCGGAUAUUUUGUAAGGAAGAGGCACCACAUGUUUUUUUUUUCUUUAAGUUUAGUGAAAAAAGAUAUAAAAAGAGAAAAUAUUUCAAGCUGCAAGCGAUAAGUUUAUGAGAAGUAAUUACUACUGCUACUACUACUGAUUGUCCAUAAUAAUUGCAUUGUCCAAUUUUACAAGAUAGAAACGAGAGCAAAUAAAAAAAUAUGAUUGAUGAAAACGAAAACGAAGCAAACAAUUUCAUUUCUUCUGCAACUAGGGAGAAUAGAAACACACAAAACCUGGGGAUAUUAUUGAAAUAUGAAUAAAAGGAAGCUGAAGAGAAGAAGUAGCGGCUAACGAAGACGAGGGGAAGUGAGACGUACCAGAUGAUCUCCGAAAGGGAAAGUUUGAAGCAAGCUUGUACCAUCUUCUGGCCGGUCCUUAUCUUCCACCUCGUCACAACUGGGGCGCAACUUUAUACAUGUAAAAGGAUUAAUAUUUAUAGUUUAAUUGAUAAUUGAUAAAUUAUCCUAUAAUGAUAAACUUUUUUCGAAGAAAAAAUGUAAACAUAAGCGUAAGUUCUUUUCUUUUAUAUCUUUGUUGUAAAUUCUAUUUCAAAGAAAGGAAACAAGAUUGAAGCAUGAGAAGGAGUAGGCACACAUUUUUGCUGGUAGAAAGAAAGAGAGAGCGAAAAAAUUUCAUAAUUCUAGCCGUAUCGAAUUCAAAAGCAAGUCCAUAUUUAAUCCAAAAUUUCAUAGUACAUGUCAUAAAACGAAGCAAAAAUUCACACAAAAAAAGCAUAACUGUAGUUUUUAAAGGUUUAUCAAUAGUAGAAAAAACAGACGAGACAUAAACAAAAAUCACAUACAUAAACACACUAACAGAACACAUUUUGAGCCGAAAUCCCGACGCGGAGAUGACGACCAUUUAUCACCACCAUUUUGGGUCGAUCUCUGUUUUUAGAGAGACGCCAUUUUACAAGCAAGCGCCACAUUGCCCCGUAAGGUUUUUUACACCCCGUCCUCUUCUGGUAAAAAGAACAUGAAGUCAAGGCUUAAAUUAAGACGAGAGGAUGUACCUUUUUUCUAGAGCGAGUUAUACAUUUUAGCCAAAGCACGCUUGAGGCGGGCGCAUGGUGCCACCAACGACACGAGAUCCCACGAAGUUUUUUACAACGCAAAAAGACUGCCAUCAAAACCAGACUUAUUGACACCAGUGCGCAGUGGUCCAGCAUGAAGAUUCGUUUUGGUGAACCAUACUUUUCGGUCUAUUAUUUUUCACGGUGAAUUUUCGAUUUAACAUGAUAAAGGUUUCGGACGAAAGCUACAAUCCGCAUCGCGUAUGCAUACAAGGAUAAUGCUAUUUAGCAUAAUGCCGUUUGCUAAAUGUCUAAAGGCCUAUUGACUAAAUGUGUUGGGUGUUGGUAUAACGACCAUUUGGCAUAAUCGUUGGGAAGAUGCUUCAAAUACGGAACAACGACUAUUUGAGUAUGAAUAUUAUUCCAUCUUUAGAAGUAUGUAUGACACCUUCUUCAGAAGUACGCAUUUGCCCGGAAUGAGGCAGAAGAGCAGAUUAUGCCUUAUUAAGAAGUACGCAUUUGUCCGGAAUAAGGCAGAAGAGUAGAUGAUGCUUCUUUAAAAGUAUGCAUUUGCGCGGAACGACCCACAAUAUAGGGUGGGUGUACCAAUUGUCGCCAUACAUAAGAACAACUAUUUUAAAAAAAAAUAAGUAAAAGGCAUGUGGGUGGACUUUAUAUAUCAAGCGAAAGAUUUUACUUUCUGCUCCUUAGUACAGCUGUGAAAACCACAAUAAAAUUUGUUAUUAUCCUCAAAAUUGAUUAAUCCAUAAUAGGAACGCAUGCACCAGUUGUGGCACUAUUCUUAAUUUUGGUUCCUUAUUUGGCAAAUCCCAUUAUUUUCUUAUGGGACUGGCCAAAUAGGGACCACUAGUGCCACAACUGGUGCAAAGGACGUCAAAAAUUAAGCAAAAUCAAUUUUUACAAUUAUGCUUUGCUUGUUCGGGAGGAAAUCAAAGGUGUUAUCGUAUCAUAUGAAUAUGCUUUAUCGAUUUGAACUUGGUUUGCGGUGAUUUGAUUGGCCAUUUCGCAUAUAAAGCACUAGUGCGACAACUGGUGCUAUAGCCACAACUGGUACACCUAGCCUACAUUUCCGUGGUUUUUUGCCCUAUCUCUUUCCGCUGCUUUUGUCCAUAUUAUAUAGUGAGUAUAUAAGAACAUCCCAAUUAUACACACACCCUGAUUCUAUAAUAAUCCGAAAACUAUUUCUUCCUCAAUAAUGUGGAUUCGAAAACAGGUUUCGUGUUAGUCAGAAUUUGACUAAUUUGCCAAUAAAACAUUCCACUACUCAUAAUCGCAUAUUUGUUCCAAAGGAUUGAAAAGAUCAGCAAAGGUGGGACUGAUAUGCGAUCAUGGGCAGUUUAUUUAAUAGUACAUUGCUUAAAGACUAAUAUAAUCAGCGGUGCACUUUAGUAUUGCUCAAUAUGCUAAAUGAUUGGUUGCAGGGAAAAUAUAGUACCGCCACUUUGCACCAUACAAUUGUAUUUAAAAUUCAGCUUCUGAAGUACUGACAAGUUAGCCAAAAUGUGAUUAAAUGAUCGGCUGCAUCCCUAGAAGAAAUAACAUGCAUUUCAUAAAUGUGCCACUACCUUAUACUUCGUCAUAGAAAAAUUACAUCAUUUCGAAAGGCGUAUUGCCUUUCCCAUUACCCAUAUAAGACAAGCACUUGCAGCACAUAUCGAACAUUUAGGAACAGUACUGCUGAAUCUCAUUAAAUAUAUGAAAUUGAAAACAUGGUUGUACUAAAAUACAAUCAUCUUUCUGGAUCACUAAACAUUGGCUAAUGUGACGAUAUUCGUCACGCUAUGAAUGCAACCACCUCACCAACUAAAUAAAAAACUCAAAUGUCAUAAAUGAAUAUUUGGAGAACGAUCUAUUAUACACUUUUUAAAUAGCAACAUACUAUUAAAAAGCAUACCUCCGUCUCGGGAUCAAAACAAGAGCAGAAUCAAAGCAAAAGUAAAAAUCCGAGCACACGAAUCCUACCAACAAUACACGCGCGCAGUUUAGGGAAAAUGUUAUCGUCGAUGUGUCAAUUUUUAAUGAAUAAACAAUUUCAAACUAGAACGAUGAAUAAAACAGACAAACUAAUUAAAAACACACGCCCAAGAGACAAACACACACACAUUCGGUUGUACGAUCGCAAACAAACGAAAUAAAACUAGGAAGUAUUUGUAAAGGCAAUUUUUGUGAUCGAAUGUACUUUAUCGAUGCACAUUUGGAGGUUUUUUCUUUAUUUGGCCAGCAGCGACGUGAACGGUGAAGAAGGAGGAGUCUCGGUUGCGCUCAGAAGAAAUUAAAACAGUAAUAACGGAAACAAAUUGCAACACCCACUAUGAACUGCAAUCAUUACAAUAGAAAGAUAACGAAAACGUCUCAGACGAAAACGGGAAAUGAAUUUGUAGAAGAAGAUACAUCAAUUCGAACAGUGACUGCUACUAGAACAACAACAACCACACAAAAAUCAAAAUAAAGUGAAGAAAUACUAGAAAAUUGAA